AUGCAGGCUGCUUCGAGACAUUUUCGGCCGGGAGCUGCUGCGCUUCGACAGCUCUCCCGGAGGGCAUACAGCGCCAGCUCCUCCCCUUACGCCGCCACCAUCGAGAACCUGCGCAUCAACGGCGACACAAAGGUCAUCUACCAGGGCUUCACAGGAAAGCAGGGCACUUUCCACGCACAGCAAGCCAUUGACUAUGGCACCAAGGUUGUUGGCGGAACCAACCCCAAGAAGGCCGGCUCAACACACCUGGGUCUCCCAGUCUUCGCCAGCGUCUCCGAUGCCGUGAAGGAGACCGGUGCCACGGCAACUGGCAUCUUCGUCCCACCCCCCUUGGCUGCUGGCGGUAUCCAGGAAGCUAUCGAGGCCGAGAUUCCCCUUGUUGUCUGCAUCACCGAAGGCAUCCCUCAACAUGACAUGGUGCGAAUCACCUCGAUGCUGAAGACCCAAAGUAAGACACGUCUUGUCGGCCCCAAUUGCCCCGGUAUCAUCGCCCCCGGCCAGUGCAAGAUUGGUAUCAUGCCCGGUUUCAUCCACAAGCGCGGCCGCAUUGGUAUCGUUUCCCGGUCCGGCACCCUUACCUACGAGGCCGUCAACCAGACCACACAGGCCGGGCUCGGCCAGUCCCUCGUCGUUGGUAUUGGCGGUGACCCCUUCAGUGGUACCAACUUCAUCGACUGCCUGAAGGUCUUCCUAGAGGACGAGGAGACGGACGGUAUCAUCAUGAUUGGCGAGAUUGGCGGCUCGGCCGAGGAGGACGCUGCGGACUUCUUGAAGGCGAACAACACCGUUAACGGCGGCAAGCCUGUUGUCUCAUUUAUUGCUGGUAUCUCCGCGCCCCCAGGCCGACGAAUGGGUCACGCCGGUGCCAUUGUCUCCGGCGGCAAGGGCGGUGCCGACUCCAAGAUCAAGGCUCUGGAAAGCGCCGGCGUCAUCGUUGAGCGCUCGCCGGCCGGAUUGGGCAAGGCCCUGCGGGAUGAGUUUGUCAAGCGCGACUUGCUGUAA